GUCAUGACGUCACGUCCUCACGUCCUCCUCAUUCCGGCUGCACUUUGAAUAAGGAAGAUGGCGGCUGCAGCAGUGGUUGAAUUUCAGAGGGCUCAGUCCCUCAUUAGCACCGACCGCGACGCCUCCAUCGACAUUCUGCACUCAAUAGUACGGAGAGAUGUCCAGGAGAACGAUGAAGAAGCUGUCCGGGUCAAAGAACAGAGCAUCCUGGAGCUGGGGACGCUGCUGGCCAAGACCGGACAGGCAGCAGAACUCGGGGGUCUGCUGAAAUUCGUCCGGCCGUUCCUGAUCUCCAUCAGCAAGGCCAAGGCUGCCCGGCUGGUCCGCUCUCUGCUCGACUUGUUCCUGGACAUGGAGGCGGCGACGGGCCAGGAGGUGGAGUUGUGUCUGGAGUGCAUCGAGUGGGCCAAAACUGAGAAGAGGACCUUCUUACGACAAGCUCUCGAGGCUCGACUGAUCUCCCUCUAUUUCGACACCAAGCGAUACCAGGAGGCUCUGGCGCUCGGCUCUCAGCUGCUCCUGGAGCUGAAGAAGAUGGACGACAAAGCCCUGCUGGUGGAGGUCCAGUUGCUGGAAAGCAAGACGUACCACGCCCUCAGCAACUUGCCCAAGGCCCGUGCCGCGCUCACCUCCGCGCGGACCACCGCCAACGCCAUCUACUGUCCCCCCAAACUCCAGGCAGCUCUGGACAUGCAGUCAGGGAUCAUACACGCGGCAGAGGAGAAGGACUGGAAGACGGCCUACUCUUACUUCUUCGAGGCGUUUGAGGGCUACGACUCCAUCGACAGCCCCAGAGCCAUCACAGCCCUUAAAUACAUGCUCCUCUGCAAAAUUGUCCUCAACUCACCAGAGGAGGUGCAAUCCCUGAUCAGCGGUAAACUGGCCCUGCGAUACACCGGCCGUCAGACAGACGCUCUCAAAUGUGUCGCCCAGGCCAGCAAGAACCGAUCGUUAGCAGACUUUGAAAAGGCCCUCACAGAGUACAGAGCGGAGCUGAGGGACGACCCCAUCAUCAACACACACCUGGCCACGCUGUACGACAACCUGCUGGAACAGAACCUCAUCCGGGUCAUCGAGCCCUUCUCCAGGGUGCAGAUAGAACACAUAUCGGGUCUAAUCAAACUGUCAAAGGGGGAUGUAGAGCGUAAACUAUCGCAGAUGAUUCUAGACAAAAAGUUUCACGGAAUCCUGGACCAGGGAGAAGGAGUCUUGAUCAUCUUUGAGGAGCCGCCAGUGGACAAAACGUACGAAGCAGCCUUGGAAACCAUUCAGAACAUGAGCAAAGUGGUGGACUCACUUUACAACAAAGCCAAGAAGCUGACAUAGCGUGGGGCCCUCAGUGGAAUAAGUUUGGACACCCCUGCCCGAGUAUGAAAUGUUGAUAUGGAAGCUUGAUGCGUUUCCUCUGCUCUUUGUGAUCCUCAGAGCAGCCCGGAGGCUGCGUGGUGGAGGAGCUGUGUGUGUUUGAGCAGCGUAUGUAACAUUUGAAGAAGAACACAAACGAUUCCCCCAUCACACACACCCCUCCCACCUCACUCAAUGGACAGUAUCGCAACUUCUCUUCUUUUGUUUUGUCCCCCCCAUCCCCCUUUCAUUUUGAUAUCUCUUCUUCUAACACAGCGGCCGAGCCAGGCCAUCAGGGAAUAUUAUUGUACAACUACAAUAAAACGACGAAAAGGAUGAACAGUACAUACAUAUAUCUUUAUAUCUCAAAUGCAGACACAACACUUUUGUCAUUUGACUCCGCCAUGUCUCUCAAAAGCGCAACUGUUCAGUUUUUGGAAGAAUGGAACACAAUUUCGGUUGAACAGCGACUUCCCCAUAUCAAUGCCAACAGUUUCAGUCCCCACUGUACUUCAGAAGUGUAUUAAACUCACUAUAUUUGCUUUUUGGUUUUGUGUUUUUGUAAUUAAAAAAACAAUGAUGGUUUCCACAUGUCCGCCCCACCUGAAUGCUCGUGUACAUUUGUAAAAGAGGCAAGGUGAACUUUCACCACCGGUGCCACGUUUCUUGGCGUCGGGAGGCACACAGUUUGUCUUCUUUGCCUCUUGAGCAUCCUCUCUUCUCCAUUGUUAGUUCCUAGCAUAGUGUGGUAUGCUAGUAACCAAACAAUUUGUAUGGUUUUGUUGUUUUUUUUUCUCUCUUAUAAAGACAUUUUCAAAAUAAAUAUUUUGUAUUUUAAA